AUGAUCUCAGUUGGAUUUAACGCAGCUGCAAGUGUGAGAGUGAGCAAUGAAUUAGGAGCAGGAAAUCCAAAAUCAGCCUCAUUUUCUGUGGUGGUGGUGACUGUGAUUUCUUUUAUAAUAUCAGUUAUAAUAGCGCUUUUGGUGAUUGCAUUAAGAGAUGUCAUUAGCUAUGUCUUUACCGACGGAGAAGAGGUUUCUGCUGCUGUCUCAGAUCUUUGUCCGCUCCUUGCCCUUUCCAUUGUCCUCAAUGGCGUUCAACCUGUCUUAUCAGGGGUGGCGGUUGGAUGUGGAUGGCAAAGUUUUGUUGCAUAUGUAAAUGUUGGUUGUUAUUAUGGAAUUGGUAUACCUUUGGGUUCUGUUCUUGGAUUCUAUUUCAAAUUUGGUGCCAAGGGAAUAUGGUUGGGAAUGUUAGCUGGGACGGUUUUGCAAACAAUUAUUUUAGUGUGGUCCACAUUUCGAACAGAUUGGAGUAAUGAGGUUGAAGAAUCAAGAAAGAGGUUGAACAAGUGGGAGGACAAGACUGAUGAGACACUCCUUAAGAACUGA